AACAACCAAUUUUUCACAAUGGUCUCUCCCACGGUCGUAGCUUCCUGCCUUGCUUUGCUAGCACCCGCACGUGGAUUCGUGAGUCCCAUCGUCACGAGAACGCCUGGAGCCCAGAUCGCGGCGACCUCACGGGCAUCGUCGGUCCGGCAUCGCGCGGUUGCGAGGAGGGGCGACCUGUCCAUGCGAAAAACCGGCAAGUUUGUGUUGAGCAAGAAGGCAUUGAACGACGACUCGGGGCCCACGUCCAUCACCGUCAACAUGAAGUCGGGGGAAAUGAUCAAGGAGGAGAAGAAGGAGGCGCCCAAGGAGGAGAUGGCGAAGGCGGGACCGGGCCUGCUCGAGCCGGACAUGGAGCUCUUCUGCAAGGCGGCGGCGGACGGGAACGCCUUGGGGGACUGCCCCUUCACUCACUACGUCCACAUGGUUCUCCAGUACAAGGGGCUGCCGUUCAAGCUCACACCCGUGGCGCCAGACGCUAAGCCGGACUGGCUUGUGGAGGACUACGAGGGCCAGAUGCCGUGCCUCGUGGACAGCAAGGAGGCCUACACGGAGUCGGCCAACAUCGUCGACUACGUCGAGUACUUCUACCCGGAGCCCACGUUGAGCAUCAAGGACAGCGACGCCGUGGCCAAGGCGAAAGAAGUGACAAGCGGCGUGUUCGGCUCGCUGGCGAAGUGCAUCAAGAACCUCAACCCUAAGGAAGACCCGAUGCUCAUCGCGGACGCCAUGGCGGAGCUGAAGAAGGUUGACGCCUUCCUCAAGAAGGGCAAGGGGCCCUACCUGUGCGGGGAGGAGCUGACCCUGGCCGACUGCUCCUUCGCGCCGAAGCUGUACCACGCCUCGACGUGCCUGGCCCACUUCAAGAACACGGUCAUCUCGCCCGAUCUGGAGUCGCUGCACAAGUACAUGGAUGCCAUUUACUCCCACGAAGCGUUCACGAAGAGCUCAUACCCGCCGGACGUGAUCGUGUGGGGGUGGAACAAUGCUCGGGGGACACAAGCGAAGUGAUUGGCAGCACAGCAGUCCGCAGCGCUGCGGUAGUUUAGGCAGAGCAAGGUGUAACGGGGAUAAAUAAUAUUUCGUUUGUGAC